AAAGCGAUUACUCAAUAAAAGUAUUCUAAUGUAAACAAUAUUCUUGAAUAUCAUAACAAUCCUUGCUUGUUUGUUUUGGUAACUGCAGAGUUUAAGUAAAUUAACUUGUAUAACUUUAUUUCUUACAGUUUCCAUAAUUGUCUAUUUCAAUAAUAAUGGUUACCCCUUUAUUUCCUUCGUUAUCAUUGAACCAUGUUGAGUCUUAUUGGUUUUCUGGAGACAAAGUAAUCGAUGAAGAUGCUGUACUAACCAAUCUGGAAAAGGAACAACAAACUCAUUUUGCUGAAUUAGUUCAGAAAUAUGCCGAAUAUUUACCUCAAGCACAGCCAAAUGAACCUUACGAGGAAGACGAGGAAGAAGAAGAAGAGGACAAUGAUGAUGAUGAUGAUGAAGAUAGUGCAUCAAAUGAUGAUGAUAACGAUGAAGAACUUGAAGUAGAUGAGAUGCCAUUUAAUCCUGAUUCACCGAUAAUCAACAUCUCUUAAUUCAUAUAAUGUGUAUCAUUGCGUUAAGCUCGCGCUAGCUUGGGUUACAAAAAUGAUAUCCAUGUUUUCAAUUUUGAAAUUAUUUGCGAAAUUUGUAAAAAUAUCUAUAAUUAACAAAUCAACUUAAAUUUCUUCAA